AUGGAGAAGGCCUCAGCACAUGGUGCAGAGCCGCAGCCAGUGCCCAAGUCCAAGAGUGAUUACUUCGACGACGCGCCGAUAAACGAUGAGGAAGAGAAGCUGCUGGACGAGACAAAGCUGAAGCAAUUCUUCAUCGGCUCUAUAGAUCAGGGCACCACGAGCACGCGCUUCAUCAUCUUCGACGGCACGGGGCAGCCGGUCGCGCAGCACCAGAUUGAGUUCACGCAAAUAUACCCCCAUUCUGGAUGGCACGAGCAUGACCCUCAGGAGAUCCUAGACACGGUCGAAUUAUGCAUAGAACAGGCCAUACAGGCCUUUAUCCACAAGGGCUAUGAUAUCGCAGAUAUCAAAGCUGUCGGUCUCACCAAUCAGCGCGAAACAACACUGGUCUGGGACAGCACGACGGGCGAACCCUUGCAUAAUGCUAUUGCAUGGCCCGAUACCAGAACCAAGGGUCUGGUCCGCGAACUAAAGGCACGCGAGGGUGCAGACGAGAUCAAGAACAAGACCGGUCUUCCUCUUUCGACCUACCCGUCCUCCGUCAAGCUUGUGUGGCUUCUCGAUCAUGUCGAAGAGGUGCGUAAGGCUUACGACGAAGGACGUUUGGCGUUUGGAACAAUCGAUACCUGGAUACUCUAUCAUUUGAAUGGAAAAGACAAGGGCAUACACGUCACUGAUACGACAAACGCUUCGAGAACCAUGUUCAUGAACCUGCACACCGUCGAAUACGAUGACGAGCUUCUUGGGUUCUUCAAGAUUGACCGCAACAAGAUCAAACUGCCAAAGAUCGUCCCUUCCUCCUGCCCAGAAUCGUAUGGAUCAAUAGCUGAGGGACCACUCAAGGGCAUUCGAAUCGCAGGGUGCCUGGGUGACCAGUCUGCAGCUUUAGUUGGUCAGCAGGGGUUCACACCAGGCUCCGCCAAGAACACGUACGGCACAGGAUGUUUCUUGUUGUACAAUGUUGGUGAGAAGCCUGUCAUCUCCAAGCACGGGCUACUAGCGACUGUCGCAUAUGAUUUUGGACGUGGGCGGAAACCCGUGUAUGCGCUGGAAGGUAGUGUAGCAGUCGCAGGCAGUGGCGUGAAAUUCCUGAUGAGCAACUUGGGUUUCAUCACCCAUUCGCAUAAGAUCAGUGACUUAGCAGCAAGUGUGGAAGACAACGGUGGAUGUGUCUUCGUCACAGCUUUCAGCGGCCUAUUCGCGCCGUACUGGAUUGAUGACGCAAAGGGGACCAUCUUUGGCAUUACGCAACAUACCGAACGUGGACAUAUUGCCCGAGCGACGCUGGAAGCGACUUGUUUCCAGACAAAAGCCAUUUUGGAUGCUAUGGAGAAGGACAGCGGGCAUAAGCUCACCGAACUUUCGGUGGAUGGUGGUAUGAGUAAUUCCAAUCUGUGUAUGCAAACGCAGGCAAACAUUAUCGGCAUCCCCGUUGAUCGACCGGCUAUGCGAGAAACCACCUCACUUGGGGCUGCCAUCGCUGCAGGCUUCGCUGUGGAUCUUUGGAAGGAGUUCUCCGAGCUGAAAGAGAUUAAUCAGAAAGACCGAAUGAUCUUCGAACCUAACAUUUCCAAAGAAGAUAGCGCGAAGAUGUUCAAGAAAUGGGGACGAGCGGUCGAGAUGUGUCGCGGUUGGCUAGAUGCUGACGAGGCGAAAGAGGAUUUCUGA